UCGCAACCCAAUUUUCUCUCCACCCCGAAAAAGAGGGAAAGAAGACAAAGGAGAGAAGUUUACCGUGAAAAAAUCUGAGUUCUCCAAUUCGGCUGAUUGGACUGCUUAUGGAUGAAGAAGAGCACACUCACAAGCAAGUCGUACGCAAUCCGAACGGCGGCUCGAAGGAAGGUGCAAGAAUCGAUUUGGAGGAUGAGGAGGAACUCGAGGCCGUCGAACUGGUCCUCUUCCACGUCAAAGAGUGCUACGUCUAUUUGAUACCACCGAGAAAGACCGCGGCUUCUUAUAGGGCUGAUGAAUGGAAUGUAAAUAAAUGGCACUGGGAAGGUGCAUUGAAAGUCGUAAGCAAGGGAGAGGAGUGCAUUAUUAGACUGGAAGACAGAACUACAGGGGAACCUUUUGCCAGAGCAUUUCUGAGAACAGGAGAGCCAAACCCAGUGGAGCCUGUUAUCGAUAGCAGCAGGUAUUUUGUGCUUCGAGUUGAAGAGAAAAUCGGUGGGAGACAUCGACAUGCUUUUAUUGGUAUAGGCUUUCGAGAAAGGCCACAGGCUUAUGACUUUCAAGCUGCACUCCAUGAUCAUAUGAAAUAUCUAAAUAAAAAGCAAACUGCUGAGGAGAUGGAGCAACUCUACCAAUCAAAAUCCUCAGUUGAUUAUAGUCUAAAAGAAGGAGAAACUCUCGUUCUUCAGAUCAAGAAUAAAGGAAGCGGUGGUGUGAAGUCGGCAUUAUUUGAACGCCUCAACAAGGUUUCACUGGAAGAUAAACCAACCGUGAAAGAGGGAGGUUUGGUAUUCCUUAAGCCGCCACCAGCUCCGCCGGCGCCUCCCUCUCCUAUCAGUUCGAUCGAGAGAUCAUCACUGAGCUCUCCAGCAUCUAAUUCCAGUCCUAAUAGCAGCAGCAACGACAGUGGAAAAAUCCAAGAUCCGGUGGCAGAGAAUCCCCCCAAGGAUCCAUUUAUUGCCACAGAAGAAGCUGCUCAAGGUACAGCUGAAGAUGAUUUUGGCGAUUUUCAGGCAGCUGGGUAACAUAACUUUUUUUUAUGUCUUCUCCAACGCAUGAACGUUUUCCAUUCUUCUAAUGUUCGUUAUUGUGAAUCAGCUAUAGAUGUUUUAUUCUUUGUGAAUAUGUUGAUGUGCUGCUCUUGUAUAUUUGAAUUAUAAAUGCUUUAUUACCAGUGUUACAGCAGGAGUGCACUUAGGAAACCUUUGGCUUUUCCAGGCAGCUGUGUAACAUAAUUUUUUAUGUUUUCUA